UACUACAAUUACUGCUAGUAAGGGUGUAUUGGUAGUUGAGUAAAGUCUAAAAUUUUCUAAGAGAUUCUAAUUUUCAUGUCUUUAUUUAUUUGAGUCAAGUUAGUCUUUAUUUGGGUUUUAUUAGGUCUUUGGUUCACUACUUUAGUUUAUGAGUUAUAAUGCUACCUGUACAAGAAAGAGUCAUCAGUCAAUACACUCAAAUAACUCAAUAUACAAAAUCUAAAGCCGUCCUCACCAUGACUAACCCCAAGGUCAUAACUUUUCCUAUCCUAAAGUCCACCAAAAACAUAGGUAGGCUAAUGUCUAAACUUUUCCUAUGUUUUCCAUUUAUAUGUUUUUUGAAAUUCCAUAGAGCAUGCUAAAGGCUGCAGUCAUCACCAUCAAAAUAUAUCUUGAGCGUAUGGAGAAGAAUAUUCUUUGGGGAUGAUAGGCUGCUUCUUAAAGGCAAAGAUGAAACGGCUUAUGACAGAGGGGUCACAGUUGCAGGGAAACAACAUUGAGGCUGGCAUACUUUGGCAGCCCGAUGAUGCAUUUGGACAGGUCAUCGGUGCAAAGAGAGGUGGCCGUGUUAGAGGGCUAGGCUUUGGUCCAACCCCUUCUGGCAAUCGUGUGAGGUCAAUGGAUGACAGUACGCCACCUCCAACAUUUAUUGCAACCGACCAAAGGGUUAUAGAGUUGUCUACUCAAGUAGAAGCAAUGAAGGAGAAAUACACUCGUUAUGAUGCCCUUGAAGCUCAAGUUCAGUUAAUGCGGAGGUUGUUGACCCGACUGUACCCAUCGUUUCCCAGUAUGUCUAUGGAUGGUGAUAGUGAUUUUGCAGUGGAUAUCCAGUCUCCCGGUGCUCAGCACUUAUCAUCUGAUGAUACGCAGUAGGCGAUUCUUUGGGCACCUAUUUUGGAGUAGGAGAUACGCAAGAGAAUGUAUUUUUUUGUACAGGACAUUCUAUAUAGUUAGAAUGUAUUCUUUUGUGUAGGACAUUCUAUAUAGUUGUCUAGAAUGUAUUAUUUUGUGUAUAAAAUUUUAGACAUAUGGGAUGUAAUUAUUGAUAUGGUUUAAUUAAAUAUAUUUAGUUUUUUGGUUUAA